CAAGAAAUAUGCCAUCUAUCAAAUAAAACAUUUAUACCCCUAUUUGAUUCGUUAAAAUAUUCUGAAAACGUUUUUGUUGUUAUAAUACCUGAAAAUAAUGAUUUAAUUUAUUUUUUCCAGAUAUAUGUAACCAAGCAAAAAUGUGAAAGCUUUAAUCCAAGAAUAAAAUACUGCAGUCUAUGUUCAGUGCUUGGUAGACCAUAUGUUGGUGAAGAAAAGUUGAAUAUAGAUGAAAAAGAUGCUGAUAAUUUAUACAACCAGCUAGAGACCUUGUACCAAGGGUUCAAGUUAAAGUAUAGACAUAGUAAGACUAAUAUAACAACACAAGGUCAUGUGACUGAGAUGAGAAAUGGGUUCAAGGCUCGGUCAGAGGAUGAACUUGACAACGAAGCACACAACGGGUACCAGAAUGGAAUUCAUUGACGAAGGAUGACAUUUUUGUGUUAUACGAGUAGAAUAGUUGUAGAUACAAAGUAUUAGGUAGUACAGUGACCAUAGACUAGCUCAAAUAUCUAGUAAAUUUUUUCUUUAAAAAAUCAGGGUUUUUAUCAGGUUUUUCAGCAGUACAUAGAAAAGCCUGUCUGUUAAUUUUAAUCCCCAAAAUUUAGAAGUAAAACCAGUUUUUCUUAUCUUGUAAUUGUUUUGUCUAACCAUUUGAUU